AUGCCCAGGACCAAGAACCGCGACUAUCUGCCCAGUAAAGAAGCAGAAUGGCACCACCGGGUCGCCGAAUUCCAGUUGACGGGAGAGACAAUACACAACGCAAAGCUCAAAUCGGCCUCGACAAUCGAUGAAACCCAGUAUCUUCUGCUUCGAGUUUUAUGGAUUGAAUCAGCAGCAUUUCAGCUGGACCUGAACCGGUUUGAGCUGGCAGACUGGAAGAAAAAAGCAGAUUCCCUUCUCGGGGGAUUCGCAUCUUGGCACAACUAUCGCCAAAGCUUCUCGGGGACGCCCAUCGACAUUCCCGAAGGGACUUUUGCUGUAGCCAGAAAAUAUCAGCUACAGGCUGCGCAGGCAACAGACAAGAUCCUCAGACCUAGUGUGGAACUUUCGCCUCGUCAAACACGCAGCAUGACCGCAAGAUUGGCUCGACAACUCGCUCAAGCUCACCUCGAAACGCCAACAAAGUCAACGGGCAAUCCGAAGUACCCUAGGGAUGACGAUUCCGAAAUCGAUGAGGAUUCCGGAGACGAAGAGGAGGAAGAGGAAGAGGAAACGCCGUUUUAUUCCCCUGGUGCAGGCGAAAUCCGAACCUUGAUGUAUCCUCAAACUAAGGAUGAGCAGAUUGUGAAUAUAGCUCUUGUGGACUUCUUGAACGCGUUGACCAUGCAUUUUCGAUCUGCCAAUGACUGGUCUAUUCACCGAGUGGCAUUCAAAGCAACCUUCACUCAUGCAUCGUUCGAGGCACGCACCGACGGUUACCUUGAAGACAGCAAGAAAGAUGGAAAGGCGCGGGCUUUAAUCGAGGUUAAGCCAAUGAUACGGGCGGAUAAAAUCAAACCUAUUCGCAUGCAAGAGGCUGCUCAGAUGGCUGCAUGGAUCAAAUAUGACCAGGAUAUCAACGGAUCUUUAAAUAAAAGAGGCCGGUGCGUUAUUUUUCCCCCUUUUGUCCAGAUAUCUCCGGGCCACACCGCUGAUAAGAUGCAGUCGUCUUCACAUAUCCCAAAAUCGCCAUCAGAUAUUUAUCACCUUUGCCGAAUACGAUGCUGA